GAUCACAAUAGAACAACAUGGCGCCAUUGUUUGUUUAGAAUGUAGGCUGUGGUAUAAUACAACAUAAUCUGCCCUAUGAGGCAACAUCUAGCUAGUGGUGGGGUAAGAAAUCAUGGCGACCCACGCGCGUGUAAAACGUGCAGCCCUGGGAGACAGAGUGGUCAAAGUUGGCUCAACUAGAAACAAAAAACGGGGGAUAACUUGUGAUUGGAGCAAGGUGCCGUAUCACAUAAUGGUGCACGUAUUCCAAUACCUGCGUGACGGCGAUAGGUUCCGAGCUGCUCAGACCUGCAAGGCCUGGCUCCAACCCUUCUCUCACCCCGCCUUGUUCCGUACGGGACAAUUCCAGUACGGCUCAAUGCACAGGGCGAUAACUUUUGCCAGAGUCAAGGGGAAGUUACUAAGGCACAUUUAUUUUAAAGCUUCCCGGCCUAAUUUCGAUUUCCCUCCCACAAUAAGGGGAAUGUACCAGUUCCUGUCCAACUUGAUAAAUUCAGGCAACAAUCAGCUGAUCACGCUAAACCUGGCCAGCAUGAGACGGCUGAGUUUUCGUGGCAUCUACACUCUGCCCAUGUUGGUCGAACUUCUGGCCAUCCUGCUGGCCAAUCAGACACAUCUCCGAGAGCUGGACCUCAGUCACGCUUCACUAAUUGUAAAACAAGGCAGCCAAAUUCUGGAGGCAGUGGCCAAGAACUGCUCCCAGACACUCCAAAGGCUCGACAUCACCAGCUUCAUCGACUACGGUGAGCCAGAGGAUGAUGAAGAAGAAACUAUCUGGACAAAUUUUGUCUCUGCUCUCUGUAGCUUCAAAAAUUUAUCUGACCUGGAGCUGAGCUACGAAGUCCUGUUGGAUGACGUAUUACGAGCCCUGGCCGGGUCGUCAAAAAGCCUGCAGAAUUUAAAAGUGUAUAACAACAAUUACGACACGGCUGUGAGAGGAACCACACCGGAAGCCUGGCAGAGGCUCACGUCUGCUUGUCCUGGACUCAAAGUGGAAAUGUUCGUCAGACCGAGAUUCGAGUAUCAUGUCGACCCAGCCUUAUGUGCAAUUUUGACGCCUUCAACACCUUUACACAACCUCCAUUGGCACUCGGGUGCAAUGAUCUCUCUUGACAACAUGAAACUAUGUUUUCAGCACAUAGCCAUACACUUUCAGAGCACCUUACACCAUAUCUGCUUCAAAUCUGGUGUACGUCUGGCUAGAGGUGACGUAGGGGAACUUUUUGAGAGCUUACAUGAAUGCAGCCAUUUAGAGACGGUGUCUAUCAAUUUAAAGUGUGAUUUUAGUAUCGAUGAAGAGUUCUACAGGAGCUGUAUUAAAGAAGCUGUAGACAAGCAUCACAUCACAUGUAGUAAAAUUACCCUCAAUGGUAGGACCGUGAGCAGCUAGAACCUCACGUCCUGCAUGUGGUGUGUGGAAUCACACGUAAAGUGGUGGACGAUUGGUGGAGUAUUCAAAUGGUGAUACGUGUGUAAAGUGGAACACGGUAGAUCAGUACUUGUUGAAAGUUUGGCUGUGUGAUGCUGUUGAAAAUUUGGCUGUGUGAUGGUGUGUUGAUGGGGACCAGUUGGCCUUGGAUCAGCUAAGUUCGAGAAGAAAAACAAAUGUUAAAUAAAACAAUUCAACAUCAAAAGUAUUCAAUAAAAGUUAAUGUUACAA